AUUGUGCGAUUGUCGGCCUGGCAGGCCUGCCACCGCCGAUGCAGAUGAUCGAAUUCUAGAGGGCUUCUGACCGAGUCGUUGGGGUCCUUCAAGUUUGGUAAGCUGUUCAAUUGACUGCCAAGGGGCUGAUAAAGCUCGUAGGGUCGGCGGCCGACGCGGAUGUCGAACACUCUUGCCAUGGCGGCAAUGCAGUAUAUUAGAGAUGGAAGCGACAAAGUUGUAGCGCGUCGGCAGGGUCCCGACGCGUCACGCUCUCGAACCGCAUUUUGCGAGCAUACGACCACAUUGCGCAACAUUCCUGGGAGAGACGUCUACAAGACAAGCGCUUACAGAGCAGGUCCUCAGAACGUAUUGAAAGGCCCAUACGCCAGCAUAAAGACUGCAGCGGCUCGUCCCACAUCCUCCAAACCUCAUCGCCUACGUCUCCCUCGCUUUUUACGAUUUACUAGUCAUGUCCCAUAGCAACCAGUUCACUCUCUUUUCUCAUAUAGGUGGCCACAACGGAUGGAAGGUCGCCUUCGUCCUUGAGGAGCUCCAAUUGACCUAUCAGUCCGUGUACCUCAACUUCCGGAAGAACGAGCAAAAAGCUCCCGAGUUCACCAAGUACAACCCUAAUGGCCGUAUCCCCGCAAUUAUCGACCACAGCAACAACGAUUUCGUGGUCUGGGAAUCCAAUGCCAUCAUCCAAUAUAUCAUCGACAAGUACGAUAAGGAGCACAAACUCUCAAUCGCACCGGGCACGGACGAGUACUACACGCAGCUUCAAUGGUUGUACUUCCAAGCUUCUGGCCAGGGCCCGUACUUCGGCCAGGCGGUCUGGUUUAGCGUAGCCCACCCAGAGAAGGUCGCGAGUGCUCUUGAACGGUACCAAAAGGAAAUUAAGCGUGUGUUGGGCGUGCUCGAGAGUGUGCUCUCAAAACAGGAGUGGCUUGUCGGCGGCAGGAUGACCGUCGCUGACAUUUCCUUCGUCCGGUGGAACAUCGACGCCGCGACGCGCCUCCUGGAGAACUUUGAUUUUGAGAAGGAGUUCCCUGCCACCGCCAAGUGGCACAACAAGCUCCUCGAACGGCCCGCCAUUAAGAAGGUCUGGGAGGAGCGUGCCAGGUUGGUCGCUCAGCAGCAGUAAGUCGGAUACGAGACCGUAUAAGUCGCUCUGUCAGACUGUGAUAUUCAAUAAAGUCUGCAUCUCAGGCUGGCAAUGUACGCUCAUUUCU